AUGCGGAACAUCAUCUGGGCUCUGCUAGGCUUGGCCGCCGUACCUCGGGUACUGGCAGCCGACACACUUUCCACGAGCGGAUUCAACCUGUGCAUGACCGACUCGGCAAUCAACGUCCAAAAGCUGGAUGUUACAUAUACUCGUUCCACUGGAGUGGUUGUCUUUGACGUGGCUGGUACCAACGCCAAGGAACAGAAGGUAUCUGCGGCCAUAACAGUUACUGCAUACGGUCACGAUCUAUACAGCAAAGAAUUUGACCCCUGCGGCGAUGAAAUUCAUGUGGAUCAGCUCUGCCCCGUCCCCAAGGGUACCUUCAAGGCCAGUGGAUCCAUGGAGAUUCCAUCAGAAUAUGCUAGCCAGAUCCCUGCCAUUGCGUUCACCAUGCCCGAUCUGGAUGGCCAGGCAAAACUCGUCCUUAAAUCCAAGGGUAGUAAUGAUAACGUGGCCUGUAUCCAGUCCGAAUUGUCCAACGGUCACACCACCAAUGUUAAAGCUGUGACUUACGUCUCCGCUGGCAUUGCAGCAGGCGCCCUGGCACUGAGUGGUGUCUCUGCUGCCAGCGCGGCUGGAGGUGUCGGAUCGCCUUCGCACAGCCCUGGUUUCGGCGAUGUAAUGGGCUGGUUCCAUUCGAUGGCCACCAAUGGCAUGCUUAGUGUGGCUUACCCAACUGUUUAUAGCAGCUUCUCCAAGAACUUCAUGUGGAGUACCGGCUUAAUCCCCUGGUCCAGCAUGCAGACCUCCAUCGACAACUUCCGGAGCGCCACUGGAGGUAACACGACCUCUGACAGUUACACCUUUUUAAAAAAUGCUUCUUUGUCGGCCAGUAGUAGCUCAGCCUCCACCAACACAACCAAACGAAGCUGGGACUACACGAUCCAAUUUGGUGAGCUUGUUGCUCGUUCAGUUGAUGCAUCUGCCGACUCCAGUGUCUCAAACAGCACUUCAAGCAGCGAUGACAGCGGGCCCUCCAGCGAAGUUGACAGAUUAAAGGAGCUUGCUCAAGAACUGAUGAUUCCUUCCGCCAAUGUUUUCAUGACUGUUCUCUUGAUUUUUGCCAUCGUCAUUGCCGUGGUUGUGGUUGGAAUUCUUCUCGUGAAAGUCGUCCUUGAACUAUGGGCGCUGUAUGGCAACUUCCCCAAGAAGCUUUCCGAUUUCCGAAAGGAUUACUGGGGCCUGAUGGCGCGAACAAUCACCAACAUGAUUCUCGUGCUCUACAGCAUCUGGGUGCUAUACUGUGUCUACCAGCUUCGAAAGGGUGACUCGUGGGCAGCAAAACUUCUGGCUGCGAUAACCCUUGCUUUGUUCACUGCGCUUCUUUUCUUCUUUGCCAUUCGCAUCGUCUACAUGGCUCGCAAAUACAAAAGGGCCGAGGGAGAUACCGCAGGACUGUACGAGAAUAAGGAGACUUGGAAAAAGUACAGUCUGUUCUAUGAUAACUACAAGAAGGAUUUCUGGUGGAUCUUCAUUCCUGUCAUCGUGUAUGCGUUGGUCAAGGGCUGCAUCAUCGCCGGUGGCGAAGGCCACGGCUUAUUUCAAAGUGCAGGCCAACUUGCCUGCGAGAUUCUCCUUUUAGGACUUCUAGUGUGGAGUCGCCCCUAUGCCACUAAGGCGUCCAUGGGUAUCAACAUUGCUGUCCAGGUCGUUCGCGUUUUGUCCAUUGCUUGUGUCUUGAUUUUUGUUGAAGAGCUCGGUCUCUCCCAAACAACCAAGACUGUCACCGGAAUUGUUCUCAUUGUCGUGCAGUCCACUCUCACUGCUGUCCUCGCUAUUCUCAUCACGGUCAAUGCUGUUAUUGCAUGCUGCCGCGAGAACCCCCACGCCAAGCGCAGAAGGGAAGCCGAAAAAGCAAACCGUGAUCUAGACGACCUGACCCCGUUGGACGCUCGAGACUCCCUCCUCAUGGAACAUCCUCAGCGCAGGGAGUACACUGAAAUGAGCAAGUUCAACUUCACCGGCCCCUACGAGCCAUAUCGCGACCAACCCCACCGACCAGGGUCUACUGGCAGCAACGAACACCACCGCCUGGUUGGCAACGACUACGGCAUAGCGCACGGUCGCAGCUCAAGUCCCGACAGCCAGCAUUCGCGGAGCUCAAUUGAGGGCCGUCGUCCCACAAAACCUGCGUACGGGAUGGCAUAUUAA